AUGAAUAACAUUAACUCUGAAUUGGAAUGGUUAUUCUAUAACCUCUGGACUAAAGUAGGACCUUCUCCCCCUAAGUUUUCCUUUUCAGUUCCAGAGACAGUAUUUUACCGCCAUGGAAGGCCAGAGUCUUGGUAUUUUACCAAUAAAGAAGGUAUAAUCCUGAAAAAAAAUAAGUUUAAUGUCAAUUAGAAGAUGAUUCAUUAAAAGUUUACGAAGAAAAUAUCUCCUCAAGACUAAGUUGUUGCUACUUCCUAUAAUUAUCAAAAGGAUUCCCCCUUCUUGGAUUUAUAUAUGGAUCAUAUACCUGUUAAUGACUUUAGAACAUACAUAUUCUUUACACUAGAGGAAUAGGAAAAACCAACAGCGCUAUAGAAAUUUGUAUUUUCGAAAACUUCUUGCAAUCAAAUGAUUCGAUGUCAUUUUUCUUAAGCUAUUUCUAUAGUAGAGCGUUAAACGAAUAACUAUAAGUUGAAUGAAAAUAAGAUACCACUAGAAGAUAGAACAGCAACAUUCGAGGGUCCCUCAUAUCUGUCUAAGUCUGAAAAUAUUGUGUCUAAUAACAUAGUGCAGGAGGUGAAUGCUGCUGUUUAAGAAAUUGAGGAGCACAUGUUUGAAAACUCUGGUGUGAGACUUCUGAGUGGGAUAUUUUACUUUAAGAUAGAUAAGGCAGACGGACUGGUAUUAAUAUUUGCCACUAACAUUAAGAUUGAUAAAGUAGAUAAGAAUACUAAUGAUGGUAUAGAGAUCAGAUUGAAGUUGGCUAGUCAAUUAAGAUAGUAAAAUGAAUUACCAUCUGUGAAUUCUCAGAUAAAGAGCAGUUUUGCCAGACCAUAGAGUAAUUACGGGAUGAAAAAGGCUUCUUCAAAUAGAUUGAAGGUUCAAGAAUGCCCAUUCUGCGAUGUGAUCAUUGACUAUUCUAAUGAAGCAUUCGAUGUGAAUAUUUAGUAAAUCUAAAAGAUUUGGAAUUUCCAUAAAGACAAUGCUGACUUUCCAGUCGAGCUGAUAUAAAAUUAAAAUGAUGUGAAUGAAAACCUGAGAAUAAACAUUUUGUUCAAAGUUGUGCCACUGACUAAUCAGUAGAUUAUACCUAAACCUAUUCUUAAGAUACAUCCUAAUUUGACAUUUGAAAAGUACACCUUGAAGAAGACAGAUCCACUGUUCUUGUAUGAAAGCGUUAAGAUUUGCGAGAAAUGCUAUCAGUACGUUAGAUCAAUGAUUGAAUACAUAAACUUUCAGCUAGAUGAAAGACCAUCAAGAACAGUAGUUAGUCAGACAUCUAGUAAAAAUUUUUAGUUCUCAAACAAGCAUAUCGCUUCUCAUACUGAAUCUCUGAACUCAGAUUAACUAUCAUAAAAGUCAAUGAAACCUUAUUUGAUGAAGUAGCAAAUGAAGGCCUAGUCAACUUAAUUUGGGCAAUAGCAUUCUAGCACUAAAAACCAUGAUAUUGAGUAGGUCCUUAAGCAGAAUAGAUCUUCUCUGACUAAACGGAGUGGAUCUGAGAAAGGCAGUGCUUCUGACUAAGAUUACUAAAAACAGCAAUUUACCAAUUAUAAUCAAUAUACUUAGAGAAGAAAGAUAGAUUGUUAGCUUUUCACUUAGAGUAAUAAUUAUAUGAGCUAAUCUAAAAGCAAUGCAAACACUAAUAACAAAGUCAACUUUAACGAGCAAGAAGCUUCUGACAAUAAUAGCAUGAACGAGUCUCAACUAUCCUAGUCUAACAGCAACAAGCCUCCUCAAAAUUAGGCAAUGAUGAUGUUUUCAAAAGUUGAAUAGGGUAAAGAGAUUGCAUCUUAUGUUAAGUUGAAUGAAGACUCUGAGCUCUAGUAAAUACAAGAAGUAUAGCAAAAUCUAGAACAGUCUCAUUUAAUGUCUAACAAGGAAGCUAAGAGGAAAAGCAGUUACAAGGAUAGGAAUAACUUCUAAAGAGUGAUGGGUUAAUAAGCUAAGAAUAACAAGGACACAGUGAAGAACCUACCUAAGAUUGAUUGGGAAAAGGAAUAUCAAUAGAAUGUGAGACAGAAAGUUGAAAAAGCAAAAUCUGAGAUAUUCAAGGCUGUGGAUUAUAUAGAGAGUGGAAAGUACGAGAACUUGAUGAAUGAUUCAUUGGAUCUCAAGCUACAGGAGGAUCUGAACAUUUCAAGGGCAAAUGAUAUCUCAUCUGAUAUAAUGAAAAUUGAACAGGCUUACAACAUGCAGCAAAGUACUUAUCACCAGUAGCCUCAAGUCAGGCCUUACACGAAUCAGGAUAACUCAAUGUUUGAUAAAUUCUAUGAUAGUGCUUAGAAGAGUAGUAGCACCACAGAUAAAAAGAAUAAUCAAAUCAGUAUUUUAGAUGAGAAAAUUAGGAUUCCAAAGGACUUAAACAUGCAGUAAUCAACUCAAUCUCAGAGAUAAUUCAAUUAGCUUUUCAAUGUCUCAUAGCAAAAAGGGGCACUUUUUUCUCAAGUCUACAAGGAGAAUAUAUCAAAUAUGCAAAAUUAGAUUACCAAAGCAAGAAUCUAGCCAUAGAAGAGAAUCAGACCAAUGUCUUCAAAGCCUCCCAUCAAUAAAAACAACUAGGGAUUGUAGAGCUAGCAGAUCAAUAUUGACUUUGAUACAGAAUAAAGCUAGAUCACAAGACCAUUAUCAAAUUCAGCCAAAAAGCCAAGUGUGAUUCUAAAUAACGAAGCAAUUAAUAGCAAUCCAGAUUUGAGAAUGAAUUAAAAUAAGAAACAGCCAAAAUAAAGGACUAAGUCAGCAAACAGGACAGUAAGGAGGCAGAUUAUAUAUUAAGGAGGCUAAGAAUAGUAGCCAGUUAAAAAGUAAGGCGGAGGUCUUUUUGACUUUCAAAACAUGACUGAGAAGGAUAUUGAAUAAAUAGCCGAAAAUGCUGAUACUCUAAUCUAAAUCAUUCAGAAUAUCAAGGGAAAUGUAGCUGUGCCAGUUACUACCUCAAAUUAAUCAACUCUAUAGGAUAAUUAUCAUAAGUAAAACUAAAAAUUAAUGCAAUCUGCCAAGUCAAAUUUCGCUUAAGAAGCAUGUAUUGAAGAGGAGGAUGAAGAAGAUUGCACUUAGGAGGAGGGACUACUUGCCUUAGAGUCUGAGAGAAGUAAAAGAAACAAUAAUAACAAUCCAACUGAAAAGAAUGAUGGGACCUGGUGGUGA